UGGAUUACAGUAAGAUGCAGCCAGAGUUCAGCAGCAGAGCCUGCAUGUGAGGAUAAACGUGUUUAAGUGGACUCUGUUUAAACUUUCGGGAUGUUUCACCUCAGACUCAUCUCCUGUUAGCCAAGAAUGCUAAAGGAAGUUAGCUUGUCAGCAGGAAGUAGCCGGAGCCGGAGCUCGGCCUCACAGUGUGUAUUUUAUCAGAGUGAGCUGCGUGUCUGUAACGGAGUGUGUCUGGAGGAAAAGCUGCUGUAAACAUGUCUAAAGUCCAAACGCUGAGAGCUUUUGUCCAGCAGCGACUAAGUGCGGCUGCUGAAGAGAUAUUUGAGCUGUUUGAAAGAACGAUAGCAGAGUACGAGGAGGAACUUUGUGGACAACGCAAACUACUGGACGCUGUUUUCAAGCCUGAAGUCCGGUUACACAGAGCAGAUGUCCAGCUGCUGUUGGUGAGUAAAGAAAAGGUUCCCCCUGAGCAGCAGGAGUGGAGACCCAGUCUGGACCAGGAGGACCCACCAGAGCCCCCAAAUACUAAAGAGGAGAGGAGUCCCAGUCUGGACCAGGAGGACCCACCAGAGCCCCCACACAUUAAAGAGGAACAGGAGGAACUCUGGACCAGUCAGGAGGGAGAGCAGCUUCGAGGGAUGGAAGAGGCUGAUACCACCAAGUUCACAUUCACUCCUGUCCCGGUGAAGAGUGAAGAAGACAAUGAAGAGAAACCUCAGUCCUCACAGCUUCAUCAAAGACUCACUGGAAAUAUGGAAACAGAAGCUGAUGGAGAGGACUGUGGAGGACCAGAACCAUCCAGGAACUUGGAUCCAGAGAGACAUUUACAACCAGAUACUGAGGAUGUGACAUCAGAGACCAGGGAACCUCAGUCAGGUUUAAAUCCUUUGCAAAACAACAGUGGAUGUAUCACUGAUGUCCAGCUGCUGUUGGCAAGUAAAGCAGCAGUUCCUCCUGAGCAGCAGGCGUGGAGCCCCAGUCUGGACCAGGAGGACCCACCAGAGCCCCCACACAUUAAAGAGGAACAGGAGGAACUCUGGACGAGUCAGGAGGGAGAGCAGCCUCAAGGGCUGGAGAAUGCUGAUAUCACCAAGUUCACAUUCACUUCUGUCCCUGUGAAGAGUGAAGAAGACGAUGAAGAGAAACCUCAGUCCUCACAGCUUCAUCAAAGACUAACUGAACAGAUGGAAGCAGAAGCUGAUGGAGAGGACUGUGGAGGACCAGAACCAUCCAGGAACUUGGAUCCAGAUAGACAUUUACGACCAGAUAGUUCAGACUCCUCUGAACCUGAGACUGAUGAUAGUUUUGAUUGGGAGGAGAUCAGGAAAUCUCAAUCGGGUUCAAACCCUCUGCAAAACAAUGAAGUACCUGUAAGUGAUGUGGAAUGUAAUACUGGAAAAACAUCACGCAGAUCCUCUAAAUGUUCUACAAGCUUUGGCAACAAGAACAUCUGCAGGAACACAAUGAACUCGAAACAGCAGAGAAUCCAUUUAGUUGCUCAGAUUGUGGUAAAAGAUUCCUCUGGGAGAGCUCCUUAAUGGAUCAUAUGAGACUUCAUACAGAACGAAAACGUUUCAGCUGCUCAGUGUGUAAAAAAAAGUUUCAGUUUAAAGAAUAUCUUGUGAGGCACAUGAAAAUCCACACAGAGGAGAAACCAUUUAGUUGUUCAGUUUGUAA